GGACUGCGACAGACGUCCCGUGAAUUAUGCUUUUUCUGAAACGGUAAUAACUGUAAAUAAACAUUAAAGUGCAAGUGUCGUGAUCCCCGCAGUGUCCUGUGCUAGUGCAUGUUGCCUUCACCUAUGUGUUAACAUUGUGAUAACGUGAAAAUAGAGCAGUUUUUGUGAGUGUUUUGUGUCUUGUUUUCACGGAGAUCAUCAUUUUGCAGUCCGUUUUGGAUAUAUGUUUACUUGGCCACGGUGAUGCUGGGCGGGGCGGGCGGGGCGUCGCCGGCCGGCGAGGACCUGCUCACCGUCACCGUCGUCAGAGACGAGCACGGAUACGGGAUGAAGGUGUCAGGUGACAACCCGGUGUACGUGCAGUCGGUGAAGGAGCACGGCGCCGCGUGGCGCGCUGGUCUCCGCGCCGGCGACCGCAUCCUGCGCGUGGACUCCGUGCCGGUGCACCAGCACUCGCACCAGCAGGUCGUGCUCAUGAUACGAGCCAACCCCAGCACCGUGCUAACAGUUCAACAGCACAGUUCGCGGCACAAAACCCCCAUCACAGCACCGGUGCCAGUCAAUUCGGAGAAGCAACGCCAGCUGGAGGUGUCCAAGGCCCACACCGUGCGCUUGAUGCUGGAACAGGAGCAGAAAUACAUCAGAGAUCUGAGAAACGAGCUGCUGAAGGUGCCCGACGUGCGGAAGCAGGCACAGCUGGAGUCGGCCGAGCUCAGGUGUUCCAAGUUGCAGCACGAAAUCGACACCAUCACCGCUGCGCAGCCGGGAGCAGCACAGCCCCCUUCGACGCCCAAACUGUCCCGAGCGAAGGACGGGCUCCCCAACACGGGCUUCCUGAGCGGGCUGCCGCGCUCGCUCAGCAACCUCACGGGCCAGAGCCUGCGCAACCUGCGCGCCGCGCGCCACAAGCCCGACGCGCCGCUGCGCCAGCACUCCGACGACGCCCCGCGGCGCCACAACCACACCGUGCCCUUGGUGCCCACCACCUGCCUGGACAACUCGCCGCCGCCGCUGCCGCCCAGGGCCUCGGACAGGCCGAAGCGGAUGCCGCCGGGCCCGGCCGACCCGCUGGCGAUGAAGCCCGGCGCCUCCUCGCCCGUCCACGGCGAGUACUACAAGAAGCCGUACCCCAUGCACCGGUCCGUGCCCCCGUACCGGGAGGAGAAGUUCAGCAGGUCGUCGCACUCGCUGGACGCAGAGCCGGAGGGCCCGCAGCCCAACUCCAUCGCGCUGCAAAUGAACUACCCGCUGGUCAACGCGCCGCCGCCACCGCUGCAGAUGGACAACCGCACUGGAGUCCCCGUGCUUCAUGUGCGAAGUCAGUCGUCCCCUGAACAUUUGGACCACGAGCUGCCGAGGAAUCAGAGCGGCCUGGCGCACGCGCCGGACAAGGAGGCGUGGUCGCGCGGCACCCCGCCCCCCGGCACCCCGCCGCCGCCCUACCCGCACCCCGCGCACCCCGCCAUGCGGACACAGCCAUGUGCGGAUCCGCAGAGGGCGAUCAUAUCAAUGGAAGAAGAUGACUCACCUGCAUCGGACAACUCCACGUACUCGGGGCUGUUUUCCAACCUGCGUUCAGUGCGCGAGUCCAAGGCUCGCACGGCGGUGCUCAUCAACUGGCUGCUGGGGGAGCGGAGGUGCGCGUGCGCGAGCCUGCUGCUGGUGCUGACGGACGCGUACCGCGGCGCGGCGGGCGUGGGCGCGCACACGCUGCGGCGCUGGGCCUACGAGAUCCAGUCCACCUUCCUGAUGCCCAACGCGGUAUUACAACUGAAUGGUGUGGAUGAGAAUAUGGCGAAUGAAAUCGAACAUGUUUUAGUCAACGAAUUUGACAAGGAAGAGCUGCUCCGGAACGUGUUCCGCAAGGCGCGGCGUCAGGCCAAAGACGAGCUGGCGCGCCAGCUCAGCGAGUUCCAGGUCAAGCGGCAGGUCGGGCUCGGCACUCUGUACGGGCCCGAGGACGCGGUGCUCGAGCGCUGCGACGUAGACAAGGCGCAGGAGCUGGCGGUGGUGGAGCGGCUCAUGUGCCAGCGGCUGGGCGCGGUGGCGGGCGCGGGCGCGGCGGGCUGCGGCGGCGCCGAGUCGGCGGAGGCGCACGGCGCGCUCGUGGCCGCGCUGGUGGCCGCCGCGCUGUGUCUGCACUGCCGGCCGGCGGCGGUGGCGGCCGCGGCGGGCGGCGCGCGCGCCUCGUUCCUGCAGCGCGACAAGCCGUACAAGCAGCGCCUCAAGCAGAUGGCCAAGCUGCACCCGCAACCGUUCGUGGUGCGUGGUCACCACUUACAGCUGCAGGCGCUGACGUCAGUGGGCCACUGCCACCACUGCGACCUCGUCAUCGAGGGCCUCGCGCCGCAGGCGUACGUUUGCGCCGACUGCAAGCUGCGCGUGCACCGGCACUGCGCGCGCGUCGUGGACGAGGGCUGCUGUCUGGACGGGGAGCACCACAACAACAGGAUCUCGCGGUUCAUGGAGAGGAUCCACCCCAACCAGCAGACCGGUUUUGACUCAAGUGACAAGAAAUCGAGGAAGUCUUCGGGCACCGCGAACUUUCUCAACCUGGAACGGAGUUUUCGUAAAAUGGAAGACGAGCCUCCCUGGGACCACACGCUGACGCCGGCCGCAUUCCAAGGAGAUUCAAGAAGAGAAGGGUCUACUGACGAGCCUUCUGCCCCAGACGUGGACGUCGACACUAGCGACGCCACGGUCAAGGAGCCCGAGAAGGAAACUAAUGCGAAGGGCGCGAGCACGGGCGCUCGCGGCGUCAACCGCGCGGAGAGCUGCCGCGAGCGAGACGCCCCGCGGCGCGGCAAGCACCGCAACGCCUCCGACCCCAACCGGCUCACUGCGCACCACAACCAUGACUUGGAGCCCGGCGCGGCGAACGUCCCCUCAGGCAGCUCGAGCAGUUCGAGCUUGUCUUCUAGAAGCAACGAGAGCAACACCGUCGCCGCUGACCAGCAAGCCUCCCAAUCGGAUUGGUCGGAGGAGGAGGACCCGCUGGCCGCGCAGUGGUCGGACAGUCUUCCGCAGCACAUCCGCGACUCCAUAGUGCUGUCGGCCCGGAUCAGGAAGCGACAGGAAGUCAUACACGAGCUAAUAGUGUCAGAGGGUUCCCACGUCCGUUGGCUCAAAGUGCUCGGCGUUGACUUCCUGAAGCCUUUGGAGAGACAGCCAUCCCUCCUGCCGGCCGAAGAGCUUCGCGCGCUGUUCCCCAACCUACCAAGCGUGCGAGACCGGCACACCAAGCUGUACGCAGAGCUGCGGGCCGUGCGGAGCGAGGCGGUCAAUCACGUCGUGCAGAUACGACCCGUGGCCGACGCGAUGUUGAACACGCUGGGCGAGGCGGGCUACGCGGCGUGCCUGGCGCGCUUCUGCCGCGGGCAGCGCAUGGCGCUGGACGCGCUGCGCGAGCGGCGCCGCAAGCACAAGGAGCUGCAGCACUUCCUGGCGGGCCGCGAGCAGCUGCCGCGCUGCGGCCGGCUGCAGCUGCGAGACCUGCUGGCGUGCGUGUGGCAACGGCUAACGAAAUACCAGCUUCUACUGGAGAGCAUACUGAAGACAGUCGCAGAGGACUUGUGCGAGAAUGAGGAGAGCGAGAGUGUUGACGACGUGGCUCAGUUGAAGAAGGCGCUGACGGUUGCCAAGGAGGUUCUGCACAGCGUGGACACGGCCAUCCGCACUGCGGAGAACGAGCAUAGGUUACGCUCAAUACAGAGCAAGCUAGAAGUUCGCAUCCCGGGUGGAGUGGGAGGCAGCGGAGGGGAGUUUGAAGAGUUGCGGAGGUUGGACCUCACGACGCACUCGCUCAGGCACGAAGGGGAGUUAUCUCUGAGGACUGACACUAAGAAAAUAAGCGUUCUCGCGCUGCUGCUGGACGACAGCCUGGUGCUGCUGCAGCGCGAGGGCGACAAGUUCGUGCUGCGGCCGCUGGCGCAGCUGUCCAAUGCGGCGCUGCUGUCGCCGCUCAUCAAGUGGGACAAGGUGCUGUUCCGGCCGAACGCCGCGGUGCGCAACACGUUCUUCCUGAUGAACAUCAACGGCAUCCAAAUGCACGAGCUGUCCUCCAACACCGCCAACGAAUACGUCACCUGGGUGAAACAUAUACAAGAGUCUCCCCUGGCGCGGCUCGCUGAGUCGAAACCUAUUCUGACACCGUCGCACCAGCACACUAGAUCCACGGAUGACUCCGGUAUCAACGUUUCGCGCAACCCGUCGGACGCGUCCGAGAAGUCGACGACGUCAAGUGCGGCGCCCGAGGAGCCGUGCGAGAGCGAGCGAGAGACUGCGAUGCCGGAGCAGGACGACACGAGCGCCGAGCGAGACAAGCGCCCGCCGCCCGACCCGCUGGAGGACGGCGACGACAAGCACAAGCCGGCGGGCGCCACCGUGGGCCGCAUCAGCACGCACGGCGGCGACGCGGCGCCGGCGCUGCAGCCCAGCGCGGCCGUGCACGUGCGCGCGCCGCCCGGCGCCGCACUCACGCAGCGCGCCUUCUCGCACAGAGAGCGGUUGCGGCGCCUGGACGAGGCCAUCGGCGGCGCGCUGCGGGCCAAGAGCGCGGUGGUGGCGGAGUUGCUGGGCGUGCCGCCGCACUGCUACGCGCACCUGGCCGAGCUGGCCGUGGCCGACACGCUGGGCCAAGUGGAUAUCUGCGGUGGGCUGCCGCCGAGCGAUACCGACGCGUCGCCCGACAUUCAUCAGCUGUUGCUGGCGGCGCAGGCGCAGGCCAACCAGCUCACGGAGGCGCUCAGCGGAGCCCUGGCGCUCAGCGAGGCCAGCGCGGUGGCGGCGCGCAGCGGCCGCUGCGACUCUUGCCGCCGCCCGCGCCCGGCGCCCGGGGAGGCAGCCGAGCAGCCGAGUGAGGACCGUCUGGGCGGCCCGGCGGAGGCCGGCGACUCCGACGCGGCGUACGAGCUGCUGGUGGACCUGUCGGCCAGCGAGCCCGGCAUCGACUCGCUGCUGGACGGCGCGGGCGAGGCGGGCGCGGCGCGGCUGGCGGCGCGGCUGGUGGGCGGCGUGUGCGGCGUGCAGGCGGCGCUGGGCGCGCUGCUGGCGGCGCUGCCCGCGCUCGACAGCGAGCGGCGCGCGCUGCGGGCCGAGCUGGCGGCGCUGCGGGACCGCGUCGACGCGCUGCGACACCGCCGCGUUUCAGAUUAUCAAACGACGGAGGAGAUUUUCCCCAAAGCCGUGGAGCAGUCGUUACAGGACACACCCAGUAAUGGCGGUUGACCUACCACCAUGGCGUAAGACAAAUCGAACUGAGGACCGCGCGAUGCGAACCGUUGUACCAUUGCGACCGAUAUGACGUCACCGAUUAACAAAACUUGACGAAAACGCGCAUUUUUUUUUCCAAAAAUCGACAAAUAUUUUCGGAAAGUUUAUUUUUUUUAAAUUGAUUCGGCAUUUUUUUGUUUUAUAUAAAAAAUCGCGUCAUUGUCCAAUCGAAUACCAUACUAAUACUGUAUAUUUUGUAAUUUGUUACCUUGUCAUUUUUUUUUGUAAGUACCUAAUAAUUAAUUGU